AUGUCACUGCACCCUGAUGAAGACGAGCUCGAGGAAGAAUACGACGUAGAAUGUAUUCUGGCGGAGAAGUGGCAAGACGCCUGGGAUGUGCAUCCGUUCGGCGCGGCUACAAAGUACUUGACCAAAUGGGAAAAUUAUCCACUUGAGGAUCCCUCUGAAGAACAGGACCAAACCGUGCACCGCACUUGGGAACCAGCAGUCAACUUCGAGAAGAUUACGUCACUACCAGAUGAGCCCACAACCACUACCGCGUUGGAACUAUGGAACGAAAAGAAAGCGAGUAUGAAAAAAGUUGAUUUCAAGAAACUGUGCGAAGAUAACAUAGCAAAAUAUGAGGCAGCACUCAACGGCCAACAAGAGGUAUCACUUCUGGAAGCUACUCUCGCAGAAAGAGAAGCUGCAGACUCCAGUCAACUCAAUCACUUGUUUGCGGGAAGUUCUGCUACGGAAAACUCGGGGCUGUUUGUCAGACAGCCUCCUAAAGCGCGUAAGCCUCCUAUAGUGCAGUCAGAAUCCUCUUCUUCCGAAGGAGAGUUGACAGAUGACUCAUUGAUGGCAGAGAUGGCUACAACGUCGGAAAAUACAAGGCAUACGUCCAUCGGCGUGGAGAGUUCUAAUAUAGAGCGCCGGCCAAUCCAAAAUUCAGCUCAAUCACCCCGUACCUCAUUGAAACGUGCUACGACUACUCCAAACCCGAAUUCAGUCACGAAACCAAGUCUCGCAAGACCAGCAAAGGGCCAAGAGCCUCGAAGAUCUUCACUGCCGCAAGCAGACUCAGGUUUCCGAGAUAAGCAAACGACGACAGUUUCUACACAACGAAAAAAGAGUAACAACGGUAAACCUACGACCGCUGAAGCUGGUAGUGCCUCCGCUGCUCAUGACACUCUGCAAUCCAGUAGUACGAGCUCAGGCGCUGCAAAGCGAUCAGUCUCUCUUGCGACGCAGCCAAGUGCCCUUAAGACCACAACUAGCUCAGGAAAGAGUAGUGGCAUCAGAAUCGUAAACGAGCCCAAGCCUCAACCUCGUCAAGCUACUGCCUUGCCAAAGAAAACUCAUUUUCAGACACUCCGUCGACACCACGAGGUAGACAUGAGGUCCCGUAGGGAGGGCACACCCGAUGUUGCUGCUCUCAAUUUCGUCAAUGCCCCACCUGAUCUCAUCGCCCCAAAACUGCCGGCACCACACCAUGAUCCAUACGCUCGUCGUGACCCUAUUCAUAGGCGUAUCAUUGCAGAAGAGCCCCAGAACGAUGAGUCUCCAAGGCAAGAGUCUACUGAUGGGAACAUACCCUUAGCACCCUGGGAGAUUGACAAAGUUCCCCAGCAUAGCGAUCCCUCAAUGGGCGAUGUACGAAUUGAUCCUGACCAGCAACCGAAGCUUGGUAGUAUAGAAGACCAGCUGGAAGAGAAGAGGACUACGAGGUCUUUAAAUCCGGAUCAGCUUACUUGCUGGUACUGGAACAGAGGCGAUUGUCGAAAUACAGAACAGGAAUGUGCUUACCAGCAUAGAGAGACUGGCAUUGUUGCAAAUGCACCACAUGAAGGCCAUCAGACAUCUGAUACUAUACCAGAUGUGGAUGACGAUAUGGAUAUCGAUGAUGCCGUCCAACCACCCACGACCAAUGAAGCAACACGCACCCCUUCUCCCAUACCAUCUGGACAACCACAGCAGUUCUCGUUUCAGCCACCACCUCCGCCUCCGCCUCCACCCAUCACAAAUGAGGUCAAGAUUAAAUGCGAACAGUUGCGGACGGCCGGAGGAUCAGUCUGCACAUUGGACUUUGAGGAUAUUUUUGCGAGCAAUGGCAGCGAGGAAGCUGUCAAUCUGCUUGAGAGUAGGGUUUUUCUAAUGUACCAUCCCGAAGACCAUUUUGAAGAGUUGGAGAUCAUUACUCGAUGGUUAUUAUUGCACCAUGUCCAGGUUGCUAGUACGAGCUAUCAGGGUGCAUGGGCUGUUUUCAAGCAGCAAAUUUUGCAAGGAGGUUCAGGCAUCAUUAUAGCACAUCCGGACGUUGAAUACUUCACAGCAUUUCCCGGUUUCGGCGAAGUUCUUCGUCAGAACGUCCGUCUCUGGUCGGUUGGGCUUCAACCAAGUCUCGACUACGACCAUGCUUUGACAGAUGGUCUUCCCGUGCUUCAAUAUGAGCGCAUUGAAAUUUUCCCACUUGGCGGAUUCGUUUACAUUACGGAGGAAGUCUUUGAGACGAAGCCACAACUUGCUUUGGAAAUUGUCAAGCUUUUCUUCGCAAAGAUAGUGAGUCUCAGAGGGCGCGCAGGCCCGUUGGCUCCAUGGCAAGAAGUCGACGACGCCAGCUUGUUGUGGCGGCUGUGUGUCCGGCCAGAGUUGAUGGAGUAUCUAUUUCAGAGAUGCGAAGACCAUGCAAUGGAUGUGAACGCUGGGGAUGUUGACAUGCAGAGUUGUGCCAAGCUCUACUCGCUCCUCGCCGAAACCAACUACAUCGAGCAAGAUGAUCCGGUUGUUCCACUAAGCGCUGUAGCCGACAAAUAUCCCAUACUCUCCGAGCGCCGGGCCAUCGCCGAAUGCGAGCCUGUGGAUUACUUCAACACAGUCGCUCGUAGCAAAGAAGCCGCCAACCUAAACAUGAUCCGCUACUAUGCUGGACUGCAAGUCGACAUGCGUCGCGACUAUCGCCAUUUCUACGUCGUCCAUACCGAGCCAAAGGCAAAGUAUAUCCAAGAAUGGAAGCAAGAGAUUCAGACCAUUGCCGAUGUCAUCACACCCGAGCAAUGCAUCAAUGAAAUGCUAAAGGAUGGGCAGGACAGCAUGUUUGACUUUUACGAACGCUUCAUGGCAGACAACGAGAGCUCCAAGGGAGUAGUCAAAGAUGGUGAUGCAACGACGCGUGUAGGCUAG